UUGGAGUGGCUGAGAAUGGGGGCUUGUUUUUCUUGUGACUCAUCCUCCAUAUUGAAGCAUAUCCGUGUGGUUCAUAUGAAUGGUUAUGUGGAGGAUUUUGAGCAACCCAUUUCAGUGAGGCAAGUGAUUGGGCACCCCUCAAAACACUUUCUUUGCACUUCCACCCAGCUUCUUUCCGCUUCCUCAAAAUCAAUGACCGGAGAAACACACCUCCAACCUGGGCAAGUGUAUUUCAUGCUGCCAUACUCAGUACUACAAGCUGAUGUUUCUCCAGUGGACCUGGCUGCCCUUGUAAAGAGACUCAGCGCAGUAGCCAAAGCAACAAGUCCUUUGUCUACCCAAAAUCAAACACUUUCGUCUUCACCUUCUACGACUCCUAUCAGAGAGCAAUAUGGUGUUGGUAAGAUGAACCUUGGUGUAAGAAGCCCUUGCAAAAUACAACCAUGGAAACCUGUCUUGGACACCAUAUCAGAGAAGCCAUAUCAUAGGAGGAGUGAAUCGGAUUGGCAAGAAAGUUAUUGAUAUGCAGAGUGGUGUGUUUUGAUCAUUAAAAACAUGAGAAGGAUGUUUCAGUUUGCUGAAACUUUCGUGUUGGGGGGAAUUGGACUUGCAUAAUGUAUUUUAGAGUUUUUUUUUUUAUCUGAUUCUCCUAAGUUGUACUUACGAAUGUCCUGGAGGACAUGUUAUUUAUCGAGCACCACCGGAUAUUGUAAAUUUCUAAUCGAGAUUGUGUUUAAGCUAAA